AUGCAAAUCUGUCCAGAUGAGCCCCCGGCUGGCUGCCUUUACGCGGGCGUCUCCUACCAGCACACGCAGCGAUUCUACCACCCCUCGGACUCCUGCCGCCACUGCAUCUGUGCCAACGGGGCCGUCACCUGCCAGCGCCAGCCUUGCGCCCCCGUUCUCUGCACCCACCCCCUGCAGCAGGACUGCUGCCGUUCCUGUGAUGGCUGCCUGUACCAGGGCAAGGAGCUGCCCAAUGGGGAGCAGUUCCCGGACCCCGCGGAGCCGUGCCGUGUCUGCACCUGCUGGGAGGGCAGCAUCUCCUGCCAGCCCAGGACCUGCCCGCUGCUCCAGUGCCCCUUCCCUGCCCGGGGGCCGUGCUGCCAGGUCUGCGAAGGCUGCGAGUACCUGGGCGAGGGUUACCUCCAUGGCCAGGAGUUCCCAGACCCCCAAGACGCCUGCGGCCACUGCACCUGCCUCCGUGGCUUCGUCACCUGCACCAAGACGCCCUGCGACCCGCCAGGCUGUCGCCACCCCACCAGUCCCCCUGGCCAGUGCUGCCCCGUGUGCCAGGGCUGCCACUUCCAGGGCCAGGACCUCGCGGACGGAGAGACCUUCCCGGCCCCUGGCGGGUGCUGCGAGCAGUGUCGCUGCCUGCAGGGAGAGGUGUCCUGCGGGCCCCUGCCCUGCCCUGGGGUGACGUGCCCCCACCCGGCCGUGGGCCCCUGCGACUGCCCCGUGUGUGACGGCUGCAGCUUCCACGGGCGAGCGUGCAGCAACGGAGAGCGCUUCCCCGACCCCCACGAUGCCUGUCGCCUCUGUUCCUGCCUGGAUGGCAGCGUGACGUGUGUGCCCGCGCCGUGCUCCCCCGCCCCCUGCCGGAACCCUGUCGCCCUGCCCGGCCAGUGCUGCCCCCAAUGCUCCGGCGCCUGCCGCUACCAGGGCCACCUCUACGAGAGCGGGACCACCUUCCGCCCCCCAGGGGGGGACCCCUGCUCCACCUGUACCUGCCUGGACGAAGCAGUGACGUGCCAGCGCGAGCCCUGCCCGCAGCAAUGCACCCACCCCGUGCCGCCCGCCACCCCCUCCUGCUGCCCCGACUGCGACCGCUGCCUCUUCGAGGGCCAGGAGCUCGCCAGCCGCCAGGCCGUCACCCCGCCCUCGGACCCCUGCCAGCGCUGCCAUUGCCUGCAUGGCAACGUGCUCUGCACCCCCGUCCUGUGUCCCCAGGCCGCCUGCGCCAGCCCCGUCCGGCGCCCGGGCCACUGCUGCCCUGAGUGCCCAGUGUGCCGGCACGGGGGGCAGGAGUAUCCCGAGGGCUCGCACUGGCCGUCCCCGACGGAGCCCUGCCAGCUGUGCUCCUGUGCGGGUGGGGACGUGCUCUGUGUGAUGGCCCCGUGCCCCCUGCUGACGUGCCCCCACCAGGUGAUAGAGCCCGGGGACUGCUGCCCCCGCUGCAAAGGCUGCAUGUACGAUGGGGAGGAGCACGCCAAUGGCACCAGCUGGUUCUCUUCCCCCUGCGUGUCCUGCCUGUGCAUCCACGGCAUCGCCACCUGCGCCCAGAUCCGCUGCCUCGGCUCCUGCCUCCGCCCCGUCCAGGUGCCCGGGGAAUGCUGCCCACUGUGUGCAGACUGCAUGUUCGAGGGCCGGCCGUACAGCCCCGGGGAGAGUUUCCAGCCGUCGCUGGACCCCUGCGAGAUCUGCACCUGUGAGCUGCUGGCGGCCGGGGGGCCGCACGUGCGCUGCUACCGCAGACAGUGCCCCAGCCUGGUGGGCUGCCCCAGGAGCCAGCUCCAGCCGCCCGGGCCGCACCACUGCUGCCCCACCUGUGCCCAGGCCUUGAGUAACUGCACGGCCGAGCUGGCCGGGAACGAGCUCCAGGCGGCCGACGACCCCUGUUACACCUGCCAGUGCAAGGAUCUCACCUGGGUGUGCGUGCGCCAGGGCUGCCCGCAGCUCAGCUGCCCCCUCACUGAGCAGUUCACCGCCCAGGGCGCCUGCUGCCCCGUCUGCGACGAGUGCGUGAUAGAGACUGGAGGGCGCCGGGUGUCGGACGGUGAGAGCUGGACGGACAGCGAGGACGACUGCAUCAGCUGCACCUGUAAUCGGGGCCACGUGGAGUGCCACAUCGCAGAGUGUGAGCCCGUGGAGUGCCAGGGCGGCCUGCGGAGGGUGCGGAUGCCCGGCUCCUGCUGCUACGAGUGCCAAGACCCGGAUGGCUGCUGCUCCUACCAGGGCCAGCGGUACCAGGCCAGCGAGCACUGGCAAGUGGACACCUGCACCACCUGUACCUGCGUCUCCGGGGAGGUGCACUGCCGGAGCCAGCGCUGCCCCCCAGCUGCCUGCGCCGCGGAUGAGACACCCGCGCUAACGCCAGGCAUGUGCUGCCCUCGCUGCCUGCCCCGCCCCGCCACCUGCCUGGCCUUCGGCGACCCGCACUACCGCACCUUCGACGGGCGGCUGCUGCACUUCCAGGGCACCUGCACCUACGUCCUGGCCCAGGACUGCCGGGGGGGCGACUUCAGCAUCCACGUGACCAAUGACGACAGGGGGCGCCCGGGCGUGGCCUGGACCAAGGAGGUGACGGUGCAAGUCGGGGAUGCCGUGGUGCAGCUGCUGCAGGACUGGCUGGUCAGGGUGGACGGCCAGGUGGUGACGCUGCCCUUCCUCAAGGAGCCCCACCUCUACGUCGAGCGCCAAACCAACACUGUCCUGCUCAACACCAACAUCGGGGUGAAGGUGCUGUGGAGCGGGCGCUCACAACUGGAGGUCAGUGUGCCUGGCACUUACAAGGGGCACACGUGCGGCCUGUGCGGCGACUUCAACGGGCACCCGCAGGACGACGCCCGCCUGCGCUCGGGGCAGCUGGCCCGUGCCGAGGCCGCCUUCGGCAACAGCUGGAGGGUGCCGAGCGGGAACGGCACGGGCGGGCCGUGCGCCGAUGGGCGAGAUGUGGAUCCCUGCAAGGAGGCCGGCUACCGCGCCCGCAAGGAGGCCAACGCCCGCUGCAAGGUGCUGAAGUCGGGGGCAUUUGAGCCCUGCCACCCCCUGGUGCCCCCGGAGCCCUUCUUCGCCGCCUGCGUCUACGACCUGUGCGCCUGUGGGGCCGGGGCCGACCAGUGCCUGUGCGACGCGCUGGAGGCCUACGCCGCCCUGUGCCGCCGGGCCGGGCUGGCUCUGCGCUGGCGCUCACCCACGCUCUGCGCCGUCGGCUGCCCCCAGGACCGGGGCUACGUGUUCGACGAGUGCGGCCCGCCCUGCCCCAAGACGUGUUACAACAAGGACGCGCCGCUGGGGGCCAUCGAGUCGCGCUGCUUCACGCCCUGCGUGCCCGGGUGCCAGUGCCCUGCCGGGCGGGUAGAGCACGAGGCCCACUGCAUCCUGCCCGAGGCCUGUCCCCGGGUCGUCUACGGCAGCCUCUGAGCCCCCGAAGCCCCUGCCCCCGGGACCCCCGCGCCCUCCGCCAUGGCCCCGGGGCCGGCCACCCUCCCUGCCACAGCCCCCGGGACCCCCGCGCCCUCCGCCAUGGCCCCGGGGCCG